UUGCAAAUUUUUUAUAUUUAUAUUUUAAUAUUUAUAUAUAUUUAUAUUUUUUUCUUCAGUGAAAUUAGUUAUUCACGUUCAGCAAGCAUAUCGGACGCAGUAAGUGCCAUAAAACGUAAUAAUAAUGUAGCAUUAAAAGGUGCAAUUCAAGAAUACGACGGUGUUGAAUCAGAACUUCAUGGAAUAAAUGUAUCACUUAAAAAUGAACUAGAUCUAUUUGCUAAUCUCGUCCAUAUUAAAAGUCUAAAAGGGAUAAAGACUCGACAUAAAAAAAAGCUGGAUUUUUACAUUGUUCGUGAACAGACUGAAGGAGAAUAUUCAUCAUUAGAACAUGAACUUGUUCCUGGAAUUGUUGAAUGUCUAAGAAUAAUAACUGAAAGCAAGUGCAAGCGAAUUGCUAAAUUUGCUUUUGACUAUGCGACAAAAAUGCAUCGUCACAAAGUUACAGCUGUACAUAAAGCAAAUAUUAUGAAACUGGGUGAUGGUUUAUUUCUUCGUUCUUGUAAAGAAAUGUCGGCAUUAUAUCCAAGAAUCGAAUUCGAAUCAAUGAUUAUUGAUAAUUGUUGCAUGCAGUUGGUAUCGCGUCCAGAACAAUUUGACGUGAUGGUGAUGCCAAAUCUUUAUGGUAAUAUUGUCGAUAAUCUCGCUGCUGGUCUCAUCGGUGGAGCUGGUGUAGUUAGUGGUCAAUCUAUUGGUUCUGAUGCGGUUAUUUUUGAACCAGGAGCAAGGCAUUCAUAUCAAGAGGCUCUUGGAAGGCAAAUAGCUAAUCCUACAGCGAUGUUGUUGUGCUGUGCAAAAUUGCUUAAUCAUGUACAUCUUAAAGAAUAUGGAAACGCUUUACAUAAAGCUGUAGAAGAAGUAAUCGCUGAGGGUCGAGUAAGAACCCGAGAUUUGGGAGGUUAUUCAUCAACAUCUGAUUUUACGGGAGCUGUUAUUGAUAAAUUUAGAAUCUUUUAG